ACUAUUAUCAACGGGAGUGCUAUGUGUUCGGCAAGGCUGGCUACAAAAAAACUGGUUUCCCAUACGGAUUCCCAAGUUGAACGUAACACCCUUGACCGUUCAUUAAAGCUGUUGUGUAUGUAUUGCUUGAUGAUGUGUUUACGCGAGAAAUAGGAUGGAAACAAAUCCACUCACAGGCGCGAUAAAGCGAUUCUAGUGUUACUGUUUGUAUGUUUUCCUGCGUCCAACGCUACUAAUGUAGUCUAGAUGUCACGGGUAGUGGGGUAUGGCCGUAUAUUCGCCAAAGAUCAUCACAUUUCCACUUGACCCGUGAAGUUUUAGCGCGAUUAGAAUGUAGCACAGCCAGCGCCAUAACGGUUUGAUUGCAAAUAAGUAAGUUAUGAGGUACAAAUUUCCUUCCUUCGCAUGAACGUUUGUCGUUGGCGUUUCCUUCUUACGAGCGGUACGAAGCUGUCUGUCUGCUCUGCGGGCAGACUAGGUAAGGUCAAGAACCACUAAGUUCGCAGUAGAUGUAAUGGAUCCAGCAACUCACAAAUGCGUCGUGUGUCAAACCGGAACUACUGGUUGCCAUUGGUGAUUUCUUCCGCAUCUUCUUCUGCAUCUUCUUAACAUCCUUUACUGCAACUACUGCGAAACAGAGAGACCGAGCGAGAUAGAUUAAAGGUAGCAGGAGAGAAGAAGAUCAAGAUCUUCUCGCUAUUUGUGUGAUAAACAAACAAAUACACCUACACCGGAACAACCGUGCGUACAAAUGAAUAGGUAGUUGGUUGGCCGCGUGUGUGCUUCGUUUCCGUUUGUUGUGCCGACACGCCACAGUACAGCGUUGGCCGUUUGCGUCGAAGAAGCUUUUCGACCUGUUUGGUGUUUUUGCCGUGUAGUGGCAGAAGAAACGUCGUCGUCACCAGCCGAUUGAUCGAAAAUCGAUCAAGAUCUACACACGCACACACGCAUAUUGUUUAAAAUAUCAUCAAUCGGCGGUGUUUCUGUGUGUGUGUAAGAGAUUGAUUGUUUACAUCGAUUGGAAGAUCUAUACGACUCGCGGCCCGCCAGCUGUGCGGUUGCGGUCUUGCGCUUAACAGUUGUGUAGAAGGCGAAGGCGGGGGAGAAGUGGUAGUGGAGCAACCUGAACUGUCAAUCUUUUGGGGCGGGCCCUGCGUGACAGUUCGGUUUGAUUGACUAAAUAUGAGCGCCUCCAUUCGUUGGCACCGGCCCCAGGUGCCUGUUGGUGAUCUACUGACACUGGCACUGGUGGGGAUCCUGUGCGGUCAUGUCCUGUUGCUGGCCGCUGACCAGAUUGUGCUGGAAGAUGACUCGAUGCUGUACGAGGGUGAUAUGUGUGAGAUGAAGAACGGCACGGUCGGUAUGUGCCGGCCGGCGAACCAGUGCGAAUGGCUGCUGGAGAAAUCGGUGCCAUUGCGAGAGUUGGUUACCUGCUCGUUCAACAUGUCCCUGCCGAUUGUGUGCUGUCCGGUGCGGGUCGAGACGCGGCUCACAAGUGCACCGGUGAAGCGCAUCAGCGUGGCACAGUGCGAACAGUUCCCCAACGCGACCGGACUCGCCGACCAUAUCUUCAAGGGCGUCAUAGCCCAAUUUGGCGAGUUCCCGUACAUGGCAGCACUUGGCUACGGUAACCCGAACGGAUCGGAUGCGAGCUCACCCUCACUGUUCCAGUGUGGCGCCAGCCUCAUCUCGCCACGGUUUCUGCUAACGGCCGCACACUGUCUGCGGGAAAGUCCCGUGUUUGCCCGGCUCGGUGUACUCGAGCUUCAGCCGGCGCGCAUCGUCGACGAACCGCUGGACAUUGCGAUCCGGACGGCGAUAACCCAUCCGGACUACCAUUCCGUCACGUACCAGAACGAUAUUGCGCUGCUGGAACUAGCGGAACCGGUGACCGGCGACUGGCCGUUUGUUGAGCCGAUCUGUCUGUACGUGAACGCGAGCGGUGGUCCGCCCGGUCCCGAGCAUACUCUUUCGGUGCAAGGCUGGGGUACGAUGCAACCGGGCGACACCGAACCAGCGAAACGUCUGAUGACAGCGAACGUCAGCAUUAUCGAGCGGGACAUAUGCACGAACAGUAUGCCGCGCACUCGGCGCAAUCCAACCGGAAUCCAUCCAGGGCAAAUGUGUGCCCUUGGACGUAACGAACGCAACGAAACGAUCGGCGACACCUGCCCGGGCGACUCUGGUGGACCGCUGGAACUGAACGUGGAUGGGCGCCAUUACCUUGUUGGUGUUACUUCGAGCGGAUAUUCUUGUGGUUCGCCAAUCCCGGGCAUCUACACUGAGGUGGCACGCUAUCUCGACUGGAUCGAAUCGAUUGUGUGGCCAGGUAAGUAAGGGACCCCUUCAGAGAUCACAAAUAUUUUCACCGGAGUGGGAUUGGACUUUCGAUACGUGGUAUAGCUGUAAUGUAAUCAACAAUAAAGGAACUUUAUGUGAAACUUUA